AACGUGGCACCAUCAGCCAAAUGGAGCCAGCCGGGCACUCAAGCGCAACACAUAACAUCGUUGUGCCCAACGCCAAUCCCACGCAGCCCCAACCACUUGCACCAGCAAUGCGUGAGGAAGGUGCCACGUUGUCACCCCCGAACACCUGGUCCUCGUCCUCCGUAGAAUUUCUGGACGACGCGGACGACAAUCGACUCUUGUUCACGUGCACCUUCACAUUACCCCACGGUACCGUACUCUCAUCUGCCACGUAUGCUGACGGAUUCCACGAGCAAUAUUUGACGAUUGGAGAUAACUUUCUGGCGAGGCUAGAGCCCAAGGGACAGAGCUUCAUCUUGUCCGCCGCCGCCGCUUCGGUAAAGCAGAGGAUUUUUGCAAGGGUUACUAUGCCAGACGGAGCCCUGCGGGCCUGUGAGCUGCUUUGCGAGUUCGAGACCGAUCGGGCCAAGAUCACCGUGUUGGCGUUGCGAUCGGCGUUCAGUCUUCAGGCCAGCCACGUGUCAUCCAACUUCCACGUCUUCACUUUCAUCACCAAGCACUCGUCGACGUGUGCUCUUACCCAUAUUGAUUACGCCUCGAUUCCAUACCUUGGUCUCCUACCCACCGAUCUCAUUGGUAAAUCACUGCUAGCCUUUGUCUAUUCCCCAGAUGUACAUGUCGUGCGGCAGGCGCACAUUGAUCUUCACAACUCGCGCGGAAAGAUCGUCAAAUCCAUCGCCGACCUCCGACUCGUCGCCCACAACGGAUCGAUCCUCCGAUGCCAGACCGAAUGGAGCGCCUACGUGAAUCCAUGGACCCGAAAAAUGGAGCUAGUCGUCGCCAGACACCGUAUCUGCUCCCUUCCAAUCGGAGACUCGGAUGUGAUCUCCUCACCACCACCAGGCAUCCAGUCAAACACCCUGCCACCGGUUAUGGCGAAGACUUUCGAGGAUGAGCUGAGAACUAUUAUGAAUAAGCCAGUACCAUCCACCUCCCGUCACAGCCACCACCACCAUCACUCAAGCCUCAAGGAUCAGAACCAGGGCUUCCCGGCCAACAUCGACCUGGGCGCCUACAUCGACAAAAUUGUCGAGCAACUCGUUGUCAACUCCACAGCCCAGCAACAGCAGAAGGUAGCCGUCGCCGCCGCCGCAGCCGCUCAGGCAGCCCAGGCCGCCGUAGUCGCCACCGCCCAGAUCAGGAAAGUUGCCAGCGCCCCGCCGACCACCUCAACGGACCCACCACUCAGCUACACACAGAUUAACUGUCUGGAGAAUGUGCACAGGUUGUUGAAGUCUCAGAGUAGGCCGGAAAGCCCAGCGAAACAAGAUGAGCCGUUCGAUGAGAAGAAGUACCCACCGCAGACGCCACUGACCCGAGAAGCACUGACACUGCACACCAAGCGAUUUGAAGACGAGUACAAGGACACUUGGUGCAGACGCCUGAAACGCCUAUCCGACGAUGUCCCGAGCUCCCCACCAGCGAAGCGUACGACGCCGAUCCACUGGACAUCCUCCUCGCAGAACCAUUACCGGACAAUGGCACCCGCCCCACCACCGCCACCGGGCAAGAACUAUCAGAUCACCUACACUCCACUGGACGACCUGACCGACCAAAAGUCCACCAACACCAAGUCCGACGUGGAAAACGUGGCCUAUCCAAUCUCGGGCUCCAAGUUCUCCACCCCAAUGCGGCUCUCGAUUGACGGGCUUCUGCCACGUGGUGCUACGUCGACUGGCGGUGCUUCACCGACAAGUGGCACCAACUCGCCGCCCGUCUUCCCGAAAACUUCCUCAUCCUCCUCUCUCCUAAUGCUACGGGAUUCUCAGAAUUAAUAAGCUACUGCCCAAUUUUUCUUUCAAUUUUUAAUUUUUUUCGAAUUUUGAGUCGAAAUUUGAGUUCAGUGCGCUCAGAGCUUUUGAAUGAGUACCCACAAGCCUAUAGGCCUAUAUGGGCCUGAACCCGGCCUGAACGGGCAUUGAAAAGCCUGAAAAAGCCUGAAAAGCCUAGACAAUAAUGUUUUUCUACAUGACUCCUCGGAAGUUUUGAUAUAAAAUCCAUAAUUGCUAGGUUUCUAGAUAAAAAAUUUUUCAGGCCAAUUCAGGACGUUCAGGCCCAAACAUUCAAGCCUCAAGCUAUUGUUUUUCUAAACCAUGGCUUGUGGGUAUUUAUCUGAAAGCUCUCGACAAGCUGAUUUCAAAUUUCAACAUUUCGCCUCUAUCCUUUACGUUUCCUGCAAAAAACUACCCGGCUGUCUUUCAAUGCGUAACCGGUGCGUUGACACCUCCCCCCACCCACUCACUACCCGCCCCCAUAAAAAACUUUGUCUAGUUUUUUACCGUCUUUCAUUUGUUUUUAAAAAGUAUGUACCGACAAAAUUUGGGAUAUUUUGAGCCAAAUAUUUUAUAGGAUUUUUCAAUUUUUUCCAAUUUUUUUUCUAAAAAAAAGCUCAAAAAUCCCAAAUUUCCAAGUGCACCCGAAAGCUCCCAGUGCAUGGGAAUUUCACAUUUAUAGCCGCCCCCACACUCCCCACCCACCCAAAAAUCUUCCAAUUGUGCAAUUUGAACCACUCAAUUUCCUGCCUUUUCUCCCGCGAAAUUUCACCCCCCAAUUUAUAGAUUCUCAAUUUUUUUUUGUGUUUUUUUCACAUUUUUACUCUUUUUUUUUUUGGGUUUUUGACACCUACAACAUUGAUUCGAGACUCUUGAAAUCUUUCAAACAACUUUUUUUUGUGACUUUUAUGUAUGUGUGUAUUAUAUAAAUUAUUGGUGAUU